AUGCAAAUUAUCCUUUUAAUGUGGAAACAUUCUUUUUAAAUAGCGAUUGGUCUUCAAUAAUAAGCAUUCCAACUUAUAAAGGAUUAAAUUAACCAGAUUGUAAUUAUUAUUUUGAAGAUCCCAAAAGAUUUAAAGACAAAGGAAUAGAUCCAUUGUUUUUCAACAACAUAAAAAUUCCAUUUAUGUUUAUAAAUUUUUUUCUCCUUGGCUAUUUAAUAAAUUAAAUGUUUUAUCUUUUUUUUACUUUCCUUAAUGAUACUCCUAAAAAAAAGAUUAUUUAAAAGUUAAACACUUUAGUAUAUUUAAUAUUUAGACAAAAUAAUCAAUUAAAUAAAAUUCAAAUAAAGAAAGCCAAAAAUUAUAGGUUUUAUCAAAUCCUUACUUAAAAUAUAUCACUAAUUUUUUAAAAUAAAAUUAUAUUCGCUUUAAAAAUCAGUUUAAUCAACAAAAUAAUUAUGUUUGUUGGAUAUUUCAGUCAAAUUGAAUCAAAUAAAAAUUAUUUAUAGUUUAUUUAACAAGUUUAUGAACUAAGCUGAAAAAUUCAACAGCUUAGUGUACAUUAGCAAUUCAACUUUAAUUAUCAUAUUCAAAUGGUUCUUCAAAUUAUAUUGUAGCAUUUAAUUAAUUUCUUGCUAUAAUAACAAUUGGAAUCAUUAUUUUUUAAUUAGUAAUAUUAAGUAUUAAAUAUUCAUAGGCUUAAAGCCUAAAGUAAAGACUUUUAAGAAUUGUAUGGGAUUUAUCUAUUCAGCUCUUUGCGCUUUUUUUAUUAUUUUAUGAAAAUCCAUAUCAUAUCUUAAAAGUAAUUUAUUAUAGGAUUGAUAUCCAAUUUUUGCUUAAGCUCUAUUAUAUUAAUAAUUAUAUUGUUUUCUAUGAAUGACGAAAUACCUAUAGACUUUAUAGAGAAAAAUAAAGUUAUACUCGGUUGGUUUAUAAUUUAUUUGGUUUUUAUAGCCAUAUUUGUUGAAUUUUGUGUUUUGAUUGUUGGGAUAUUUAUAUACAUCUUUUAAAUUUAUAAAAUAAUUUAGAAUAUGAGUAUUCUUUUCUAUUAAAAAGCAAAAUAAACCUCAAUUUUCUUUAUAGAUUAAUAUAAUAAAGUGCAAUUCAAAAUAAAUAUUUUAUCACAAUUACUAGGAUAAUAAUUGUGCAUUAUCUUUUUGUUUUUACUGUUAUUCUAAUUUCAAAUUCUAUUCAAUCUAAUUUAAAUCAUAAAUAGAUUUGUUAUUUUUAAAUUUUUACUAACAACCUUGAAUCAAUAAUGA